ACAACUUGCGGCCCUUUUGUUGUUUUGUUAAGACGUUUGUUGGCAUUGGUUAGGUUUCACCUGAUAUACAGGAAGAUACCUGCUUUUUUUUACACUUAAUGUCUGGGGGUGGGGGAGGGACUUGAGAAAUGUGUGGGAGGUGUGCAAUGUUUUUUUUUUUUUUUUUUUACUUUUCUGAAUCUAUGCAUGAAGGAAGCCGAAUGUGUAUUAUAAACAAAGAUGUUUUUGAGCACACCUGUCAGUCGCCCGGCUGAACUCGGGGAAAACAGCCUACAGCAGUGAUGGCUUGUUUGGAUUUGACGAGCCUCUUUCUCAUGUUGUCUGCGCUUUUGGCAGUCACAGAAGCCUCUUUUGCACAGUUCACCUACCAAGGAGCAUCAGCCCCUGGAGACAUCAUCAUUGGAGGUCUUUUCCCCAUCCAUGAGGCAGUGACAACAGUGAACUACACUGGCGAAAAUGGCUUCUCUCCUCCUCAGCGUCCCAACUGCAGAAAAUUCUACACAAAAGGUCUAAAUCAGGCUCUAGCUAUGAUUCAUGCUGUGGAAAUGGCAAACAGUUCCCCCAUGCUGAGAAGAUUGAACAUUACUCUUGGAUACCGCAUCUAUGACACAUGUUCUGACGUCACGACUGCGCUUUGGGCCGUCCAAGAUCUCAUACGGCCGUUCUCAGACUGUGAUUCACCAACAAACUCUUCUUAUCCUGUCCAGCCUAUAACAGCGGUCAUUGGGACCUCUUCUUCUGAGAUCUCCAUUGCAAUUGCCAGAGAACUCAACCUUCUGCUGAUUCCACAGAUUAGUUACGCAUCUACAGCUACAAUUCUGAGUGACAAAAGUCGUUUCCCAGCUUUCAUGAGGACCGUCCCCACUGAUGAGUUCCAAACCCGUGCCAUGGUAAAACUUCUGAAGGACAAUAAAUGGACUUGGGUUGGCAUUAUCAUUACAGAUGGAGACUAUGGGCGUUCUGCCAUGGAAAGUUUUGUUAAGCACACUGAAACUGAGGGAAUCUGUGUGGCCUUUAAGGUGAUCCUACCAGACUCACUAGCAAACGAACAAAAUUUAAACACCUCCAUCAACAAGACAGUGGACAUCAUUGAAAAAAAUACAAAGGUUAAUGUGGUGGUUUCAUUUGCAAAAUCAUCUCAAAUGAAGUUGCUAUUUGAAAGGCUACUGAGUAAGAAUGUUUCAAAUAACAAGGUAUGGGUGGCCAGCGAUAACUGGUCGACUGCUAAAGAUAUUCUGAAAAAUGUUAACCUCUCAGAUAUUGGAACAGUACUGGGCGUCACCUUCAAGAGUGGGAAUGUUACACCUUUUCAACAGUAUCUUAAGGAUCUACAGUUUGAAAGUGAAGAUAAGAUGAACAAUUCAUUCCUGAAUGAAUUUUUAAAACAACCUGAUAUAGGAAAUGGUGCAAAAGCAGUACAGGAACUGAUCAAAAACACAUUUUCGGAUAUGGUCUUCAACAUUCAGAUGGCAGUCAGUGCUAUUACUAAUGCUGUGGCUGAACUAUGUGAAACAAGACAAUGCAAGACCUCAACACCUAUCCAGCCCUGGGAGCUCCUUAGACAGUUGAGGAAUGUCAAUUUUGAGAAAGAAGGAGUAAAGUACAAGUUCGAUAUGAAUGGUGACAUUAAUUUGGGCUAUGAUGUCUGCCUAUGGGAUGAACAUGAAGGACAUGGAAACAUAGCAGAAUACAAUCCAUUCAACAACAGUUUCACUUUUACAAACAAGAAUCAAAGUCAUUUUGAGAAUGUGGUAUCAAAGUGUUCAGACAGCUGUCAGCCAGGGGAGUACAAAAAAACAGCCGAGGGUCAGCACACUUGUUGUUAUGAGUGCCUCGCCUGUGCAGAAAACCAGUAUUCCAACCACACAGAUGCAGAUUCAUGUUCCCAGUGUGACGCUAAGAGUAUGUGGUCAAACGAUAAUAGCUCAAAAUGUCAACCCAAGACUUAUGAGUACUUUGAGUGGAAAAGUGGCUUCGCCAUCGCUCUGUUGUCAAUGGCAGCCCUCGGCAUCGUCCUCCUCUUCUCGCUGUCUGCGCUGUUCUUCUGGCAAAGGCGCUCUCCGGUGGUAAAGGCUGCAGGCGGACCCCUUUGUCAUCUGAUCCUUUUCUCGCUGCUGGGCAGUUUUGCCAGUGUCAUUUUCUUUGUGGGUGAACCAACCAAUAUGACGUGUAUGGUGAGGCAGGUCAUCUUUGGUUUGAGCUUCACGCUGUGUGUCUCAUGCAUCCUGGUCAAGUCCUUGAAGAUCCUUCUGGCAUUCCAGAUUAACCUAGAGCUGAAGGAGCUACUGGACAGGCUCUACAAGCCAUACGUGAUCAUCUGCAUCUGCACAGGGCUGCAGAUCAUCAUCUGCGCUGUUUGGCUGACCUUGUACAGGCCUUUUAAAGACAAUGUAGUGCAACCCAAAGUUAUUCUGCUGGAAUGCAAAGAAGGCUCAAGUGUGAUGUUUGGGUUAAUGCUGGGAUACAUAGUUUUGUUGGCCCUUAUAUGUUUCACAUUUGCUUACAAAGGCAGAAAACUUCCGCAGAAGUAUAACGAGGCCAAGUUCAUCACAUUCGGUAUGCUCAUCUACCUCAUGGCCUGGGUCAUCUUCAUCCCUGUGCACAUCACGACAAGUGGCAAAUAUGUACCGGCUGUGGAGGUCGUUGUUAUUCUUAUUUCAAACUACGGAAUCCUGUGCUGCCACUUUUUGCCGAAAUGUUACAUAAUUAUUUACAAAAAGGAGCACAAUACCAAAGACGCAUUCAUGAAGAAUGUUUAUGAAUACGCAAGAAAGAGUGCUGAGAACAUCAGAGGCUUGAAUGGAACCGAGCCACGGAGUAAAAUAGAGAAUUCAGUCUACAUCAUAUCCAAUCCAUCACUUGUGCCUGAGGAGGAACAAGUUUCUGAACCAAAAAUAGAUACCACACCUUAAAAAAUAAUAAUUGGAUGUAAGAAUUCAAGAUCAUGAGUCAAAGCAACCACUUUGAUGACAUGUUGUUCUUAUUUAACCUAGAUAGAGUUAAAAGGAAGACCUAGCUUUAUGAUGGUUAAUCGGAAUAAUGAUUAAUACUUUAAUUUAAUUGUGGAAAAUGAAUAAAAUGUUUAUAUGUAUAUGUAUUGUGUAUAUGCUGUGUAUAAAUUAUUUAAUUUAAAAAAAUGUAACAUAACUUUCAUUGUUCAUUGUUAGUUCAAACUGAACUGUUUCCUGUUUAAUUUUGCAUAUCCAACAUCAUCUGGAAAGAGAAAUUUGUAAAAUGUACACUUUUGUUAAAUGUAUAUAUAUAUUUAUGGAUGUAUACUCUGUAUAAGUUGAUUAAUUGUAGCAAAAUCCUAAUAGUUUCAUUUGUUAAUAUUAGUCAAUGUAUGAUUAAACUAACAAUACAUUAACUAUUAAUUUAAUUACUUUAUUAACUUAAUUUAAUUGAGUUUCAUUACAUUAAAUAAUGUUAGUCAUAGGCUAUUAUAAGAAAUAUCAACUGUUAAAUAUUAUUAAUAUCUAAUUAAUUUAUUCAGGAAAAAAGUCAGUUGAAAAUUGUUUACUUUAUUAAAAUAAUUUGUCGAGAAGCUGGUAGUUUCCCCAUGGAUUUACUGACAACCAUCAUCUAUAUCCUUUUCAGAAUGAAACUGUCUUUUCUGUUUGCUCUUCGGUUCUGUAUUUCACAUGACAGACUCUUGGCUAGAGGCCUUUAACACAUCACUGAUACUAAGAGAGAGACAUUGAGAGUGCCAGGGGCUUGAUAACAGCCCCAAACUCUCGUCUCCGACAGGGAAAUAGAUCAAGUUUCUUAUGUCAUGCUGAAGUGAAACCUUUUUUCCUCAAUCAUCUAUGCUUAGUAACUGCCUUUUGUAUGAGUUACUUAAGCACUAAGUCCAGCUCAGGCAUUCAGUUACAUAAGACAAUAAAGUGGUAUUGUUCCACAGUAUU